AUGGCCACUUCAAGUGGGUCUAUGGUAAAACCCAUGCCACCUUUUGAUCCGGACAGCGAAAUUGGAACAAAUCUCGCUCCAAAAUGGAAGAUAUGGAUAGAAGAUUUUCAGAUGUAUCUAGUCGCAACGGGCAUAACUGACAAGAAACGACAACGUGCAUUGCUUUUGUAUCAAGCUAGCGCACAGGUUCGUGAAAUAUUUCGCCAGCUCCCGGACACUGGGGAUGAUUUGGAAACAGCAGUGGCAAAGUUGAACGAAUACUUUGAACCCCAAAAGCAUCGCCUUUAUGAGGUAUACAAAUUUCGCCAAGCCGCUCAAGAGAACAAUGAAGCCAUUGAUCAAUACCACACUCGGUUGCGAAGCUUAGCAGAACGAUGCCAGUUUGAGAAUAUGGACUUUGACAUUAUGCUACAAAUUGUCCUAAAAGGAUCAUCAAGCCGACUUCGAAAGCAAGCGUUACGGGACUCUAAAAUGACGCUCAAAGAUUUACUGAUCGCCGGUAGGCAGAUAGAAAUGAGUAACUUUCAAGUGGCCGACAUUGAACAAAAACAAUUCGAACGGCAGGAACUACACGCUCUACGGAAAAACACGCGUCAACAGCCUUCCAAAGGCACUUGUCGAAAUUGUGGCGGCGAAUGGCCACACGAGAAGGGCAAUUGUCCUGCUCGGGGCAAAGAAUGCAGAAAGUGUGGCAAGCUAAAUCACUUCGCCAGACAAUGUCGUUCGUCGAAACCCGACAACGAAGUACCGAAUCAUUAUCCAGAAAGUAAUCGCCGGGGUAACAAGAUCCGACAGGUUGUUGGCCCUCCGGAUAAUCAAAGUGAAUCCAGUUCAAGUGAUGAGUCCAGCUAUUGUUAUGCGGUCAAGACAACAGCUAAAAAUAACCCCACUACUAAGGUCACAAUAAACAAACAUCAGGUGAAAUUCACCGUAGACACAGGCUCCACUAUUAAUGUCAUCGACCAGUCUACCUUCAAGCAACUGGGACCAAUCACACUUCGCAAGACCC